CAAUGACAUGGUUUUUUGAAAUCAAUUUGACUAACUUUAGCCUGGCGGCUUUCUUGAAUUUCAGCGGUUUGUCCUAAAAAGCAUGUAGUGAAUUCUUCUGAUUGGGAAUCCUAACUCGCAUCUUAUAUUUUGUAAUGAACAAUAACAAAACACACUCAUAAUGAUGCAUUUCUCCCCGUAAUAUGUCUUUAGAAAGUGUGGAAUGUAAUGAUACGUGUGGAGUGUUUCCCCCUAGAAAGAAGAUGUGUUCAGAUCAAAACGCUGAGCUUUUCUCGCUGGAGGAGCUUGGACAGAUACUUAGUUUAUGCUCUUAUAGUCAGGAUCUCGGGGUCGUUAAUCAGGAACUGGAUUUGCUGGAUGAUAUAUGUACGAGUUAUAUGGCGGAUAAAAUUGCCGGACUUACAAAUGGACAACAACUCACCUCCUGUAAUUUUGCACGUGUUGCGGAUUUUACACCCGGUACUCACUCCAUUUUUAUUCCACAUCCGAGAGAAAAUAAAAUUGUGCAAGAUACUCAGGUUUCUGAGGAAUGUAAAUUACCACCUAAGAAUGAAGCUGUUCCUUCCUGCCAGGAAAUCGUACUAGAUGCUAAACGAGAGGCUUCUGUUUUGCAACAAGUAUCAAGACUCCAUAAAAAGGGCCUGUGGUCGUCUGAUCGUUUACCAAAAGUUAUGGAGCCGAAAUGUGGAAGACUUCACUACACGCAUCUCCUAAAUGAGGCGAUUUGGUUGUCAGUUGAUUUUCAUGAAGAAACAAAGUGGAAGAAAUAUAUGGCAAGUAAGCUGGCUCGAGCCGCGCAACUUUACCUUAUUACGCGCCAUGAAUGGAAUCGACAGCUUCGGUGUUUUGAAGAGCAGCUAAGAAUGGGAAAUGCUGCUCGUGUGGCAAAGAUGAUCAAGGAUUGGUGGGGCAAUGUAGGCCAAGACUUGGAUCUUGUAAGUUUAAAAACUUCACAGAGACGUUGGGAUUAUGCCUAUAAAGUGAACCAACAUUCUAUAGCUCACUUCUCUGAUAUGGGUCCAAGCUGGUUAGCUUCUGUAAAUUUUGACCUAGAAGAUGCAGGUUUCCACGAAUCUUCAGAUACGUCACAUAAUCUGGAUGAUGAAAGAAUCAUGCAAUAUAUUGGCGGCGAUGGAGAUAUUGAUGAUAAAGAUUGGAAGCCAGAUAUAGAAGAUGAAAGCUCUACUGGACCACAUAGUUGUAGCCGGUCAACUAGCAGUAGUCUGGCAGCCAGUUUUGUGGAUGAUAGUGAUAUGAGUGGUUUUGGAGUCGCUGUUUAUUCACCUAGCGAUCUUUUAUCUCCAGAAAUCAACUUGACUUCGUGUACCAGAGCUUGCAAUCAAGUUAGCAAACAUCAUGGAUCAGACAGAAGACGAAAGAGUCAAAGCGAGCAUUCAUACACUUCCGACUGUGGACAUUGGGAAGAUGCUUCUGAAGAGACUCAUGACAUUACUUCAGAAGCUAGGGUAAAUUCAAAUUCACCAGAGUCCUGCGACCAAAGUGUUGAAAGUAAUGAGGUGCAAGGUUUAAUAUCUGACAUGGAAGUUCCAUUGAAUCGCUUUCUUGAACCCUAUAUCGAUCAAGGAUGGUGCAUCAAAAAUAGAGUCACAUCUAGGUCUGGAUAUCGUUCUUCAGAUUCGGAUAUUUCAAACUGUGGACGUGAUUGUUGCUCCUUCGAUAUGGUUUCUCAUCAUGUUCAGAAAGAAAUAUCACUUCUUCAGAAUGAAGCGGACAUGCCUUUACAUCAAAUACUUCCUAGUGGUUACAUAGAUUUCCUUUCCAAAAUUGAUGAGCAAAAAUGUUCUACUGUGUAUAAUCAACUUGAUUCACAAAGUAAUCAUCAUAUGAGUGGAUCAUCCAAAAUUGGUAGCAAAACAGAUGGGAAUGAUGGUGAUUCUUUAUCUGCCACAAAUAAUACUUUAUGCUUGGAUAAUGGUGAUGGGGAUCUCAUGCAACUUGAUUCGGUUAGCUCUAAAUCUUCUGGAGUUUCAUCUUUGACAGAUCAUAACCACAGUGAGUGUGACAACUUACCGUCAUCGAAAAGUUCAUUUCAUAUGAAUUCCCGUACAGUUCUUGCACCCUGGUAUUCUUCCCUCCCGCCUUCUACACCUAGUCGAUUGGCAGACCUACAUGCAGCAGCACUAGAAUUACUCCCCCUAAAAUUAGUAUCAAUGGCAAGUACUGGUUCAUCUCGUCUUAUUCCCGAAGUCUGUACUCUUCCCUAUAGUCCAACGCUUCGAAUCCCUUGUCUUCCAACUCCUAGUCUUGGUGCGGCUGUCACCUGGAUGCGACAUGCUUUUGCACGAUGUGUUCCAGUGCUCUUAUUAACUAAUAGUCAUUUGUCUGGUGAUGCUGAGUUAGCUGUGGCUGCACAUCUCGGACAACUUUCAGUCGUUGAUCCUCGACAUUAUUUACUUUCAGAAUCGUCUGGUGAAAUUUGUAAUAAUACAGUCACGGGUGUGUGGGGUCCUCAUUUAAUCGUAACUCCAUGUUUAUGCCUGCCGGCUUGGCGGAGGCGUUUGCAAAUGUGGUGCCCUGGUUUUCGUGUUGUAUGUUUGGGUCUUGGUCGCAGAAGUGAACGAUGUGGUACUGGGCAUCGCCUUCGUGACAGUGUAGCUCGAGGUUCUGUAAAUAUUUGUUUGAUUAGUUAUACUGCUUUACGCUUAAAACCUAGUCGUUUCACACGGAUUCAGUGGAGUUCAGUCAUUUUUGACCAGAUUCACCAUAUUAUCUUACAGUCUUACAAAUCCAUUAAUCUGGUUCAUUCAGAUCCUACUAGUCGUCAACCAGCUAUCAGUAAGGCGAGUUCUCGGGAUCACGACACCGAAAACGCACCAGUUUAUUGUGAAACUGAUAGUUUCCUCGAUAAUAUAAGGGAGGAUGUUAAUACUAAGAUGGCGAUAGACCGUUGGUCAUUUCCCAAUUCAUCAAAAACACUAAUUCACCGAAAGUCAGAAUGGUUUGAUUUGAUAUUGAACAGAUUAGGCCGAAAUGGACAUCGUAUAUUGAUUAGUUCAUCUUCUGAUAUUAUUUAUCAUAAACAUAGUCCCCAUCUACUUGAUCUUAGUAAACUGCUGUUGUUGAAUAAUUUACCAACUGAGGAAAACUAUGGUUCUUGGCUCAACGAUUUCUUUCAGACUGUUAGUCUUCCAUCACGUCAGGGUCGCUCGCCUAGUUUGUUAACAAAACCAUCGAAGAAGCAACUUUUAAAGUUUUUAGAUCCGUUUGUCAUCCGUUUCGACGAUGAAGACGAAUGGGACUCACUUAUCAAUGAUGAAGUUAUUGAAUGCCGUAUGUCCUCUGUACAACAGAAACUUCAUGAUAAAAUAUUGAGUACAAAAGCUGCUGAGAAUGCUCUGAAAACUGGAAAUCUGUUAGAUCUCUUACAAACAGUUUCAGUUGCUGUGCGUGCUUGCAAUCAUCCUUCUUUAGCUGGAACUCAUCCAAGAUCCUCACGACUGUUUAGACAUACAUUGGAUAAUUUACAAGCUGGGGUUCAUGCUGUACAUGGUCCGUAUGUAUUCAAAUCUCUACAAAAGAUAUGCGAUUCAAAUAAUCACUACUAUUCCAAUUGUGGUCUUAUGUUUAGCACUCCAGAGUCAGUUUUGUUGGGUGUUAAAUUACUUCGACAUGCUGAAUUAUCUGACAUAACUUCCCAAUUCUUCAAUUUGUUCGAAGCUCUCAAACCAUCUGCUUAUAUCCGCAGUCGUAUCGCCAAUCUUACGCCUCAAUUCAGCCAGUUAUUAUCACCACCAAUUAAUCAUCAAAUGUUGAGUAAUAACAGAAAUGUCACUAUUUCGGAAAUUGUUUCAAACUCAGUGAAUUUUUCGCCAGAAUCUCAUAUUCCAAAUGGAAAUCUGGAAAGUAAUUACUUCAAGCAGGGAAAUCAGUUAACAAAUGGUUUUCCUCAGUCUCAACAUUUGAACUCUAAAAACUGUGUUGAUCCAGACAUUGAAAUUGUAAGUAUACCUCAGAGACAGAAACGACAAAGAAGUUCCGUUGUCGAUCAGAAUUCAGUUUAUUCCAAACGACGUCGAGUGGAAGAGUACGGUUCUCGUCUUCCUUUUCUUGAUUGCACUGAUAUAGGAUCUACUAGUUAUCAUAAGAGCUCCGACUGGUCGUCGAGUCACUUGAGUCUUAGUAGUGACCCAUAUAUGGCCCAUUCUGAUCAGUUUAGAAGUACAACAAAUAUGUCUAAUAAUCUCUCUCAUACUGUCAAUCAUAACAAUUCCUACAACUCAAAUGAUCAUUUAAACAACAAUAAUAAUAACACCAACAGUGAUAAUCAUUUAAAUGAGAAUGCAUAUCCUUGGCUAAUAGAUAAUCAUCGUAAAUGUACUCAGUUAACUGAUUUUGCUGAUUGGUGUUCCCAGGAUACAUGUGAUCUUCUACGCUUAGAUUUAUUAUCUGAUAAUACUACUUCAGAUUUCAAUGCUUAUUCGAAAAAUUCACAAUUUAAGUCUUACAGUGUUUACUCUUAUAAGAAAGAAUCCGAUAUAUGGAAUAUUGUUUUAAAUCAAUUUUCACAAUGGAAUAAUUUUACGAGUGCACUGUGUACGCGAUCGCGUGUGAUUGCCUCGCCUGCCCGACUAAUAUCUCGUGCAGGACCUAUUAAUCCUUUGCUAUUGUUUGACAAAAAGAAAACAACUUCAUUAUUGUCCAACCUAUAUUGUCCACAAUCAUCUUGGUCAUUUUCUAUGUAUUCAUCAAUUUUGCGUAUAAGUCAUACUUUCUAUCCUCUAACAGAACAAGCACGUUGGUUGACACCUUCAUGCUGUUCAAAGAUUGGAUUUCAUUCCUCAUUGUUGUCGUCAUUUAGCGGCAACUCGAAAUCAUCUAUCAGUCAGUUGUUACUAGAAUCAGGUAAAUUUUAUAAUUUACAUCAGAAAUUAACCAAAUUGCUUGGUGUAAAGUCUAAUAGUACUAAUACUACUACUAAUAGUAAUAAUAAUCUUGAAAAACGUCCACGUUGUAUAUAUUUCAUAGCGCAUCAAACAGCUUUUCUCGAUUUAUUGGAAGCUUAUUUAUCAGCAUCAUCUUGGCGUUUAUUUCAUCGUGUACGUAUUCCAUCAAAUUAUAAAUCAGUUAAUGCUAAUACAUGGUCACUAAUUGAUUGUAUUAAUAGUUGGCCUCAAGGUACAAUUGGUCCACUACUAGUACUAAUACAUGCACGAAGUCCAACUACAUCAUUAAUUAGUUUACGAGCUGAUUCAAAUGUACACAUUAUCAUAUGUGAUGUUGAUUGGCGAGUAGAAGUCACAGAUAAUUUGAAAGCCAUUAUUCAUAGUUGGAUAUUGAAUGGUUUGUCAUUUUAUCCUUCACCUUCUUCGUCGUUAUCAUCUAUUUGUUUCAAUAAUGAUAAAAAACAAAAAAUCAAUAUUUCUCGUUUAUUAUCAACUAAUGAUUAUAAUUAUUCUACACAUCGUAUUAGUGUAGAAGCAUGUCUAUUACGUGGUGUAGCAUGUCGUCUAUUACCUAGAGCUGUAUUUCAUGCACAUUCAACAACACAUGUUAAUUGUCGUUCAUUAUUAUUUGCAAGAGUUCAACCAAAUGUUGUCAAUGAAUUAUUAUCUGGUAUAAUACAAAUAAAAAAAUUAUCAAAUCGUCAAUUAUUUAUCCAACAAAAAAUUAAAUCAAAUGAAUAUGAACAUUUAGAUUUAUUUAAUGAUCGUAAUUUUUUUGGAUCUAUUCAUAAACAUGAUACAUUAUCACAUUCAUCAACAUCAUCUAUUGCUUCAUCAUUUUCAUAUAUUGGACAAGAAAAUCGUUUAAAUGAAUCAUUAAUUAAUAAUGAAAAAAUAAUUAAUGAAGAUGAUGAUAUAUUAUUAUUUCAUGAAAGAGAACCAUUAAGUGAACUUUUACUUCAUCAAGCAUUGGAACUUUUUGAAGACCCAAUCGAUACACAAGCAUGGUGUUGUACAAAUGCUGAAGAAUUAGCCAUUGUCAAUGAAUUUGUUUCUCAAGAUGAUGAUAAUGUAACGGAUGAUUUUCAUUAUUUGAUCGGUGAUGGUGAAGCUGACUUGGAAGAUGAUUUGAAUUAUAAAAUUUCUGAUGAAUUGGAUACAAAUUUUGUACAGUUAUCAGAUUACAAUGAACGGAAAUCUUAUCCAGAUUGUCUAAUGAAACAGUUAGGUUACACCGAUUUAAUUAGUUGGGAAGUUGCUAAUUAUGAAUUGUUGUCUCGUAUAUCACUACUUGAAAAUCAAUUAGACAGUGAAUCGAAUCAUGAUUGGUUAAGUUAUCAUAAUCAUCCUUCUCCUGUUAAUCAUAAUGAUGACAAUUCUCUAGUUGAUCGAAAUGAACAACAGCACUCACAACAUAUUAAAUCAUCUACUCCCGAUGUAAUAGCUUCUUACUCUCAACUUCCAAUUUGGUGUCCUUUUGAAUCAUAUCUAAAAAAUUUACAUUCAACAUCGGAUACUAAUGAUUCAAUGAUAAUGGUUGCUAAAGAUGAAUCUAAUCAUCUUUUAACAUCUAAUGAAGAUUAUUAUUUAUAUUCAAAUGAUGAUUGGGCUUCAGAUAGUGUUGGAUUUAAUUUCGGUUAUGAAAGUGUUCCAAUGACUGAAAGUGAACUACCUCCUUUGAUUAUACCAACACCAUCUCCGGUUAUUCAAAACAACAAUAUUAGUAUUAAUAAUAAUAUUGUUGAUAGAAAGACAGGAAGACGUCGUCCUAUUAUGAAUCAUUCAUCUUUAUCAUCAUUAUCUUCUAGACCAUCAAAUGAUAAUAUUAACAAUAGUAUUGGUCAUGUUACAUCAUCAUCAACUCAUCGUAAUGGGUCUCGAUUGAAUAACAGAAAUCUUAAAAGACGAGCAUUAACUAGUCCAACAAGUUCACUUCCUCGUAAAAACAAUUCAUCAUCAACUGCUUCUUACUAUAAUACCUUUGAUGAAUCAUCAACUACACAUAUUACAACAAAUACGGGUUCAAAUUUAGCUUCUAUCGAAAAUGAAGCUCGAAGUCAAGAUGGUCGAAUGAUUGGUCUACAACAAUCACAUACACGCGACCUUUCGUCUACCGGAGUCACUAUUUCAUCAACAUGUUCCACUGGAAAUAAUACAGUAUCUCUUUCUCCUAUUUCAUCCAGUACAAAUAUAUAUACAAAUAAUUCAAUUGUUCUAUCAUUACAUUCUUCUAUAGGUAAUGUUAGUGGAAAUUCGGCUACUUUAAAACUACAUAUCCCACGGGCAUCUUAUAAUAAAGCAGUUACUAAUGCUCGUAUUCAUCGACUUCGUCGUAUAAAUAACACAAAUAUCGGAUCAAGUUCAGAUGUUGCUACGGUUGCAGCAGUAGCUUCUUUAGCCGCUGGUGCCCACUUACUUCAACAGCAACAGCAUGUGAAUACUGUAUCCAGUGGAUAUUCUGAUCAUAAUCAUCAACAUUUAUCAAAUACUGUUAUGGCAGCAGCUGCCUUCAAUAGUUCAUGGAAUUCAGUCUUGACUAAUCCAUCUAUUCUAGCUCGUUAUGGAUAUACACAUCAUGUUGGAUCAGUAAAUAAUUUACCUGGACGACAUGUUUCAUCACUUCAAAAUUAUAUGCAAACAACUAAUAAUUCUCAGUGUCACCCAUUGAAAUAUCCUGUCGGAGGUGGUGGUGGCAGUAGUGGGGCAACAUCAAUUCUAUCUGUAAAUAACAAUUCAUCAUCAUCAACUAAUAACACAGGUCAGUUAAAUAAUGUAACACAAAUGGCUAAUCAGUUAUAUGUUGGUAAACCUCCUGAUUGGUUGAUUUAUGAAGAAGCAGCAUUAUAUUUAUGUAUCACAAAGUUACAAGAAUUGAACUUUGAAAUUAAUAAUCCAAAUUCUAAUCUGUCUACAUCUACACCAAAUUAUCGUUUUGCUGAAUUCUUCUUAAAUAACUAUCUACCUAAUCGAAGUUAUCGUGGUGCUAGACAAUGUUUAUUAGUUCACUUUAAAAUGCAAAAUGUUGUAUCAUCUGCAAAUAUAACUACAUCAUCAUCAACACUGUCUAAUAAUAAUAGUAGUGGAAUAAAUGGAGGAGCAUGUUCAUUAAAUAAUCCUUUUACAUUUAAUCCAGAUGAUUUAUCACAUUCAAUGUCAGUGAAUCCAAUUUCUAGCUUACAUCAUCAUGGUCCUAGUAGUCGAAAAGUAAAAAAUAAGAUGAAAAGUGCCGCUGUAGCUGCAGCUGCCGCCGCCGCCGCUGCAGCUGUCACAUCACCUGUUAUUCCUGGCAGUGCCGGUGGAGCUUCCCAAUUCUGCAACAACGUAAGUGGAGCGUCAGGAUCUAUGUUUGGUGUUGGAGGUGGUAAUGUCGGAGGCGGUGGAAAUCCAAGUGGUGCCGUUGCUGGUGGCAGUACUGCUACAUCAGCCGCAUCUGUGGCUGCUGCUCUGAAUCGAUGCAGAGGUUAUCUAUUUUAUCAGCAUCUACAAGCAUGGCUCAAUUUAAUGUUAUCAUUUGACCGUAACGAUACCAAUCAUACUAAUAUUACUACUGACUCCAUUAACAAUAUAUCAACGCAUUUAUCGCCAAUCAUUCAUACUUUGAAAUUUGCUGAAGAUAGUCAAGCAUCAUUUUUACGCAAAGCUAUUCGAGAUACAUUAUCUGUACCGUCUGUCCAAAUCCCUCCUAUUUAUCGUUCAUCUGGAUCACGUAGAACUUGUGCUGUUGGUGGUGGUAGUAACAAUAGUAACAGUAGUGCUAGUGGAGGUGGAAAUGUAGGAAAUACAUCAUCGUCAUUAUCAUCAACUGCCUCAUCAGCUCUAGGAUAUCAUCCGAAUACAAAUACUAAUGCUAGUGGUAGUGGUUCUGGUACAUCCACUACACAUUAUAAUAUUCAUAACUCUGGACAGCUUUCCUCUCAUAGUUUAACAGGUCAUUCCACUAUGUCUAAUACUCCUGCUUUAUUAACACAUCAUCGUUAUCGUCAUCAUAUGACAUAUGAUUAUGGUCAAAGUCAAAAUUCCAAUAUUACUACUGCUGAUCUAAGUUCAGCUUCUGGGUCAAGCACAGGUGUUGUUCAUAGUGGUCCAAUUAUUCAGAAGAAUCCCACACAUAUUGCUGCACUUCAAGAACACAAUAUCAAUCCAGAUACCCUAAUUACACCUGCAAUGGUAAUUAAAAAUAAAGAAGAACGUGAAGCUCGUCAACGUGCUGAAACCUUAUCAACUGCUAAUCAAGUUAACUUAUCGACUACUACUAUUUCUUCUUCAUCAUCAUCAUUAUCAACUAAUUGUCAUAUUACUAAUUCAAAUUUAACAACUUCCACAGUUGGAAUGUUUCAAGGGGAUAAUACGUCAGAUUCAACAAAUUCACAACAAACUGAAAAUGUUUGUUUACAUUCUCACACAUCACAUCCAUCAUCAUUAUCAGCAUCAUCAACAUCAUUAUCGGAUCAUGUAUAUAAAACAUCUACGUAUACAUAUUCUGGUCUUACUAGUAGUAGUGAAUCGUCAAUAUCCACAUUUAAUCUUCUUGGUUGUUCAACUACUUCUAGUUCUCUACCUACAACUUCAUCAUUUUCAAAUGGACGAGCAAAUGCACAAUUGUCUUUUGCACAUAAUAUAUCCCAUCGAGGAAGUAGUGUUAUGUUACCGAUUCGUUCUGGAUUCUGUCCUAAUACCGUUACACCGUCAGGUUCCGUUUUAUCGUUUACCAAUCAACAGCAACAACCACAUCGUUUAGUUGGUACACAGAAUACUUCAUCAUCAUCAAUUGGUCAUUAUCAAUUUCAACCUCGGCAAACAUUAUUAAAUUCUUCAGUUGGUCGUCUUACCCAUUUAACUUCAGGUUCAUCAAUCGUUAGUACACCUCAUCUAACUGGUACUCAUCAUGUAAUACCGUCAGGAGCAGUUGCAUCAGUAUCAUCAUCAUCAUUAACAGAUGAUAGUGGAAGUACACGAAGUGUAGAUUUGAAUUCUGGUAGUAUUUUAAUUCCUGGCAACUGGCGUACAGCAACGAAUCCACGUUCACUUAACGUCCAAACAAUUGUUUCAUCCACACCUACCGUUCUUCGACGUUCUGCUACAUUUACCGGCAUUGGUUUAAGUAAUCAAUCAACCAGUGGACUUCAAACUUGUCGAUUGAAUCCUACAUUGUCUAAUAUUUCACAAAGUCUAUCAACCACUCCAUUCACUGGUACAUAUCUGAACACACAAGUUACAAAAAUUCCGAAUUCCACUUCUUCAACAGGACAAUCUAGCUUUUAUAUACAUCAACGUCCACAAUUUCUGUCUAGUACACAAACAUCUGGUUCUUCAUCUGGACAUGGUGUUCUUGCUACACCAUCGAAUAUUGCUGUAAUUCCUGGUGCAUCAAAUAAUUAUUCAUCAUCUGUUACACAUAUACCUCAAAUUCUUCGUCCUAGAAAUAAUUCUCUUCGUGGUUCAAUUGUUCAACCAACAUUUGUACGAACAUUUUCAACUGCCGGUGUUAGUGGUACAAGUGGUUCAGUUAUACCUGUUUCAGUAACACAACAUGGAACUCGUUUAUCACCGAAUGUAGUUGGUGGUGUAUCUACAACAAGUAUGUUUCUUGGACGUGUCGCUACACUAAAUGUUUCUUCAAAUAAUCCAUCCGUUUCUAGCAUUCUUAAUGCUUCACGUACUGGAACACAACGUAGUGUAUCACCAACUGUUUUUCAGUCAUUACGAACAUGUAUUUCAGGUGGUGCUGUAAAUUCUGUUGGAAAUGAACAACAUUCAUCAUCACAGAGUAACAACAACAACAACAACAGUGGUAUUAGUGGUGGCAGUAGUAAAUAAUAAAUUGAAAUAUUACCAUCUUUUUGACCUAAACUAAAAGAGGGUAACACUUAAUUAUUUAUUUAUCCAUUGUACAAUAAUAACUCUCAUGCAGUCAUUCAUUUCCGUUAUAUUAAUUGUUUAUAUAUAUAUAUAUAUGUAUAGAUGGGUAUCAUAUUUCGAAUUAAAGUGUAACCUAAUAACCAG